UUUUUUUCUUUAACAUUAUAUUGUCAUUUUCCGACUGAGUAUUAAAGAACAAUGAGAUCUUCUAAAAAAGGUUCAAUACUUUGAGGAAAAAUAUCUUCGGUAAUGGUAAUUAACAUCACACACUGAUCGUGACACAUAAGCCAACUCUUAGUCAUUUGUUUCAAUCUUUGUGGAUGCUAAAGAGCGCGUGAAAAAAGGGAACGUCAUGGUGUGUUACUAUGACUCUCAGCUCGAUCCAUCACAUUUCCGUUUGAUUCAUGCAUCUGUUCCUGAAGUUUUAAAGUGGUUUAGCGAUUUGUCCGCUUCUAAGCGUAUAGAAUUUGUUUGUGGCUUACUUCAGUUAUCUACGCCACCAGAGCUAAGGUUCUACGGCAGCUGCUUGGAAGAGAUUGCCCGUCAAGAUUACGAAAGUCUCCAUGAUUCUGAAAUACAGGCAAAUGCACCCAUGGAAAAUUAUGGUGUUUUAACUUUGUAUAAUACUGUGCCAUUGAAUCCUGGUAUUUCCACUUUAGUAACUCCGAUUUCUAUCCCGAUUCCUCCCUCAUUUAUAAUAUUAAAUAACAACCCAACAUUGCGAUCUAAACUUAUUAUCAGUCUUUCACUACUUAAUUCUACAAAUAUACCAGCAGCUACAAGUUAUUUUGAAAUGUUAAUGGCUGAUGAGAGUGACACACAUUCGCCGAAUGAUCUACAAAUAUCGACUACCAUGUUUAGAACAUCUUCCCUUGUAAAAUGUAAAUCAUCUAAGAGUGGGUCUGUUUCAUCAGACGACAGUGAUGACGAAUUGUCUUCAGUAGAUAUUUUAAGGACUAUUAACCCGCAAGUCUUGGAUGAAAUCAUGCUCAUUUACACACUUGCUGCAUUUCAUCCUGCUUUCUCUUUUGACCAGCGACAACGUUUGUAUAAGCGUUUAUCCAUCGUAAAAGCCUUAUCUGAUCAUUCAGUAAAAAUUGCUCAACUUGCCAAUCAGUAUAAAGAUCCAAAUAAACAUGUCCUUAGUGGGUGGGAAAAGCCCCCUCGAAAAUCACAGUCUCCAUCUAACUAUAAACACCAUUCCUGUCUAAAUUUUCCUGCCAGAUCUAAUGUUCCGCUGUGUCCUGCACCAAGACAAUGUCGUCUUCACGGUGACCAAAGCUCCAUCAAUCAAGACUCCAAUAAUAAUCUUUGUACAAAGUAUUCACAUUGUGGUUAUUUGCUGUGUCAUUGCUCACAAUGCCAUCAUCGAGGUUCUGUAACACAUUCAUUACGUCGGCAUAGUUUACCGUCAGAUUGUUUGCGUUUUUGUGGAUAUGACAGUGACGAAAACAAUAAGUGGUAGCCCUCCCCGUGUCAGCUCUGUACAAUAGAACUGUCCUAAUGUUGGUGUUGAAAAUCCUGGCCUUAAUCAUGGAUAGCAGUACUUCUGGGUUCCAUAUUUUCUUCAGUUGUGGAAGUUUUACCUUUGCUCUCCUAGUUCGUACCUCGAAAUAACCGAAUUCUCCAUGUUUAUCAAUGAUGCCCACGAUAUACGUAAAUGCUCCCACGUUUUUGCGAGCUUCGUCACCAAGUGUGGGUUCGUUGGUACUCACCACGUUGUGCUUUAAGAUCUUGUUUUUUCCUUUGUGAAUGUUGAGACCUACUGCUGUGGAAGCCACUGCGUCACUGGUUCAUUCUCUGCAUUUAUUGCUGUGUAUGCGAUAGAAAGGUUAAGUCAUCUUGAUGAAGUUUUGUUCUCCAGCUCAGAGAACAAAAUUCCAUCAAAAUCAUCCACCUGAGCUACAAAUCUUCUCCACCAGGCUAAAUCAUCUCCAAAGUCCCAGUUGUCUAAAGAGUCUACCGUGUCUAGCGCUGCUUCUGAGAUGUGAAAGUCUUCAUCACUCAGCCAACAGCUAGCAAAAAGAGAAAGGAGAAUGGGAAUAAUUUUCUGACACCAGUUCUCACGUGGAAGGCAUCUGUAAGCUCCCUUUCAUGCACAAAUUUGCAGUUCAGUUCCUUGUAGAAGUUGCGUAUGAUGUUGAGGAUCUUUUCAGGUACUUCGUAUUAUCGGUAAACAUUCCACAAUGUGUUUUUAUCCACCCUCUCGAAUGCUUUUGCCUAAUCUAGAGAGUUGAUGUAUAAUGAUGACUUCCAUUGUUACAUGACCGAUCCUUACGAAAACCAGCUUGUUCGUCUCAAAUUCGUUUGUCUACUGAAUCUUCCAUUCGAUCCAGCAACACCUUUAAGAACUUGGUCUGACACUGAUAGUAGUGUGAUGUCCUUGAGCUCCUUCGGUAUUUGAUGAAGUAUCGCUAUUUUCAGUUUCGUUGGUACUUGCCGUUUCUUCUGAAUCCUGUCGACUCUAUGCCUGGCUUCAGUGUUUCAGCUGGUAUGCUGUUUCAUACUGUCACCUUGUCGUCCUUGAUUUGUCUGAUGGCCUUGAUGGUCCCUGUUUUCUUGAUGGAAUAAGAUUUACAGGGAGUUCUGCGUGAUUCUUGGAUUUCCGGUUGGUCCAGUGAUAAUGGUCGUUUCAAGAGCUCUUCAAAGUCCUUUAUCCACCUGUUUCAUUGCUCUUAAACGUCCGUGACAAGUUUUCUUAUAUUCAUAAUUGGUCCCUUCAAUCUACUAUAUAUUCUUGCAAGCCUGUUUGCUCUCUCACAUUUUCUUCUUCUGCAGUUUUUUCUGCUACAGCUCUCAGGUCUUCUACAUAUUUUCGCUUGUCAACAAUAUUCUUCCUCACUCGUUUAUUUACUUUUGUAUAUUAACCUUAUGUCUUAUCUUUCUCCGGCUUUCUCUUCGUCUGUUUUUGAUCACAGUUUUUUUGUGUUUCCUAUCUCAAGUCUUCUUCAAACCGUCUACGAAAACACAUUAUUUAUUCUGUUACUUCUUGACAUGCUCAAGUUAUCGAUUCUUUAAUUCGUUUCCAUUCUUGCUCUCCAUGGUGGUUUCUUCUUUUAGCAGAUCUUGUAAGACUUAGAACUUGUUGCAGAGUUAUCAUGAACUCGCUGUGAUUUUUAACACUUCCAGGGAAGGAUUUAUUAAAUUUUUAUACUACUACUUCCAUUAUCUAAUGCUUCUUUAGAUUCAUUUUUAGCUUAGUCAUCACCAGGUGGUAAUCUGAAGCUAUAUCAGCUAUUCUCUUUGUUCUUCCAUUGACCUGAAUUUUUUUGAUACAUAUGUGUACUUCCUCGUAGUUAUUGUCUCCACCUAAUGCGUUUAUAUCCGGUGUUGUCCAUCUCUACCUUGGCGUUAGGUCUCGUCGGGAUAAUCACUCCCUAUCCUGAGCGUUUCUGUAGUAUGGACUGCAGUCUCUUAUUGUCUGUGCUGCUAUCAUUAAUGGGUGCGUAGCUUUGGUUGACAUUCAGUGUGAUCUUUUCCUUUGUUUUGAAGGAUUCCUUGAUCAUUCUGGAGUCAUGAGAUACCCGUCGUAUGAGUGCUUUCCGUUCCUCUUUGAACAUUCUCAGUCUAACGUCUUGUGUAUGUGUGAUAUAUUUACUUCUCUGUGACUAUCAUAGAAUAAAAACUCUCCUGAACUUUGUUUUUUUGUCUAGAUUGUGUGCAUUGAGUUUCACUUAUUCCAAACGGAUCCAGGCUUUAUCUUCUUAUUUUGUGGCUAUUCGGAUGGCCCUCCCAGUCUCCCAAAUCAUCCAGACAUUUUAUGUACCUGUUUUAAUUGUCGCUCUGGUUUUCAGAAGGGGCAUUUGUCUCAAGGCUCCUAAAAAAUCUCGGCUUUCACCAUGUGAAGUUAUAAAUUUCCUAAAUAAAUACUCUUUGACUUCCAAGGGAGGGUUUAAAUAGUUGAAAUUAUAUUUUUGGUUAGUGAUUUUUCCUCUACCCGGACUUGAAAGUGACAGUAAUCCUAGAGGGGCUCUGAAUGCGGUUACUGUGAGAUUUAGGUUGGUACGUUUCAUUUUUCUGUGUUAAUGUGGUGUAGCAGCUUGAAAUAAUGUUAGAUUAGUGUAACUGUCUUAUUCAUCUCAAUUGAACCAAGCUUAACAAUUGGACUGAUGUACACAUGUCUCAGGUUACACGAUGCAUAUAGUCAGAUAACGUGUUCCAUCAUAUCAUAAUACACAGCGGAUUCUUAUUCAAUUUGUUUCCAUCUGUCGUAAUUUAAUAGAAAUAAUCAUACUUUUUGAAUAUUAAUAUUAAACCAUUAUUGAUCAAUGUAAUUUGUUGUACAAAUAAGGUAUUAAGAUUUAAGAGAUGACCAUUUUUAUUAAUUUAAUCUGAUAAAACCAGUGGAGUCUAAUCCGUGUCUUGUAUGAGACAAAAAACUUGUUAAAUUUUAUCAAAGAUGUUUGUAGUAAACAUUUGAACACAAAGCUACUCCCCUUUCAAUUUCCCGCAUCAACAUAAACUCUUAAUGUUGUACAUUCACUUUCUCUUGUUUUUCUCCACAUUGAAAUGUUUCAUUCUAUCAGAAUAAUAUUAAAACUAAUACUUGUUGAUAUAUAAACAUGAAAAUUGUUAGGGUUACUUGAAAGGGUAUAGUAUAUAUAGCACAUGACAUUAGACAUAAAACAUCACAUGUAACUAACCUCUUUUAUUAGUUGCUCGUAGUCAAUUGUCUUUUUAAAUAUUUAGUACUUUUAAGUUCAUGUAAAAAAAGCUGUGUAUACAGUGAUGUUGACUCAUUUCAUUAACUUUUCGGUGAAAAGUCAAUCUUCUCUUCGAUUACAUUCAGUUGUGUCAUCGUUUAAAUGUCGUUGUCUGUUAAUUCAUUCUAAGUAUUUAAUUACAUCAAACUUUUUCUCGUCUUACGGGUAGUAGGAGAUCCAUAGAAGAAUAUGUAAUAGUGAUUCUGACAGUCUUACAUACUUGGUUAGUGAAAUCAAAUAAUUGUGUGACCAGUAGUGGGGUUCAUUAGUGUCAGUCAUGAGACAAAUAUUGAUAAUGGCUAUGCAUGGUAGUUGCACAGUAUUGCUAAAUAUUGAAGAUAGGAAUAUAAAUUAUUAGAUUCUGACUCUUGCAUGCUCAUUCCGAGGUCUGAAGGUCCUGGGUUCUAUUCCUUGUAGGGUUGUGGAAUCCUCAAUUAGUAUAAAAUACCAGUGCGAUGAUUCUUUAUUUUUGAUGAUUGUCUGGCUAAAAUACAGUGUUGUAAAUAACAUAUAUGGAUUUGAAUAAAAACCACUGUUCCUGGGAAUUAACGCCUCCGAAAGCUUUUCAAUUAUGAUCAUAUGGCUCAAUGAACUCAACAUCACCAAAAGCAUUCGCCUACCUCAGUUGUAAAUCUUCAUGAUUUCAUAGACCACAUAAUGUAAUGGUAGUUUUUUGUCUGAAACAAAUUUUCCCCUAUCUUUUUAAAAAUAAAUUAUGCCACUUUGAUGUUUAUUAAUUCUUCUGUCCCUACUGUUUCAUUCAAAAUGCAAUUUGUACCGGAUUCUCAAUAUUUUCACGCUUAUUCAACUUAGUUAGAAAGAUGGGACUUAUUAAGACACUAUGAAAUGGCUAUAAUAAAAACAGAACUAAACUAUUUGAGAGUAUUCAUAUACUGAACUGUAAUCUUCGUAGCUAUUCAUGCUAAUUUGUAGUACUAAAUACAAAUUUUUCUGUGUAAUCAGCUCUUACGGACUCUGUUAGUGUCAGAGAGAUAAUAUGAUGGUAAUUGAUUACCAUCAUCUUACCUAAACCUGCCCCCAAACGCCCUGGUACGGCCGAGAGUGGGGAGUGUUAUAUCCUAGUGAAGAUUAAAUUACAGGUAACUUCCGAGGACUAUUAAUGGAAUAAUAUUCUAUAAAUAUUCCUAUUGUAUAAUUAUUCAAUAAUUAGAUUAUGUAUAUUUAUAUUCCCCUUAUUAUAAGCUUCAUUUUGACCUAUAAUUUAUUAUUAUACGAUUUACUGUCCCUAAAUUAUGCUCAGUUUAUUAACUACUGCCUCCCACGUUCACAGCCACUUUUUGGCUUUAUUGUGUACAAAUGUUAUUUCCUAUUUUAUGAUGCGUUGCGGUCUGUUUGAUAUAUAAACACAGUAUGUUUGAAAUUUAUGAUUCGCAUAUUGGGAGCUGGUAUUGGUGUUCUGGACUCAAGUGAACGGGCUAGGCGGACAUAGGACCAAUAAGAACGCUAGACUGCUCAUACUGGCCGAACGUCAUUGGUUUGGCACAGUGCUUAGAUUGUAUAAGUCACAUUUUGAUUGAUGGAUAAAUCACGUGAUAAAAAGCCGGACAUAAAGUCAUAACAGGGAGAGUCCGCUCUCCCUUUCGAAAUGCUCUCACAUGGCCACGCAUAUAUAGCCUCUGCCAGGGAAGUCCUAUUCACUGCCUUCUCGUGGCGGGGGUGUUGUUUACGAAAUUGAGAGGACGAAAAGUGAACGUUCGGCUCUUUAACCGGGUUGGUGGACAUGGAGAGUCCACCUAGGGGAGUUGCAAAACCCUGAUUCCAAACCAAUGGUGCACAUGAGCUCCAGUAUCCUAAAGGAACAAAUGGCGUAUGAACCAAUCGCUGGUCACUGGCUACCAUGGGACUGCAUCUCUUUACGUUGCUCCACCGUCUUGUGGAUCAGACCUUCAGGUCGAAGACUUCGGGUGUGGCCCCCUAAGAAAAACAUCUGAAUCGGUUUGGGCACUCAGGCAGUAUCACAGCCCUCACACAUAUCAAAUGAGAUCUGUGUGGCGCAUAUGUAUUUGGUGUCUCCUUGUACCAAUAUCUAUGUGUUAAAAUAAAAUAAAUAAAUACCUAAACCCGAAGUAGUCCGAGUGUGGGCUCAAACCUUGCAACCUAUUGACCGAGAGUUGCUCCACACUUACGUUUUAGUGUUUUUACGUCCAAUAGAUAUGUAAUAUUACACUCAUCCCGGAAUUCAUGAUAUAAUGAUCAGUACUUCUUUCAAAUCAACUUCUAAUGCAUUUAUUUUGUUGAUACAUCAAAAAAGCAUUUGUUAAACAAAUCAAAUUCUCUUGUAUAAUGUCAUCCAGACUUCUGUAAUUUGUUUAUUUGGAGGAUUGCAUAGUGCGUCAUAAUUAAUCAGUUUUUUUAUAAACGAAGAUUGUGGAGUAAAAUGAAUUCAUUAAAUCAUGGUCUUUCUCCCUUUUUCGUUCAUCUAAAAAUCGAAUUUACGCAAAUAGGAAAAGUAGUUGAAGUUGUCAGUAGUGGAAUAAGUGACUCUAUAUAUGUCACAUACAAUAUUACAUUCUUGAAAUACUUAGUUUUCUGAAUUCUAUCAGUCAAUCCGUAUAUAGAGGAAGAUCAAGAGUACAUGAAGUAAAAUACAUACACUUCAUUGCUCAUAAUGUGUUUGUUGUUGUUCUUACUUUCUAAAAAUGCCUGUCAUCAAGGGAACAAAUUGCAUUGUAUUUUAAUUAGUUACACUAUUCAUUUCAUGAAAAUUUUCUGGGGAGUGUUUAAUUUCUACUUGCCUCUGAUUAUUUCCAUUCCACCCUCACCAAAUUCAUAUACAAGUGAGUUGUAGUUUAUUUUUAUUUUCAGUGUUUUACAUGUUUCUCUCCUUGUUAACUCGUCAAUCCUUUUAUUGUGCUAACUUGUUAUUUAUAUUUUCUUUAAAUUACCAUUUUUAGUUAAGAAUAUUUAACUACGUAUCAUCGAUGGGGUUGUAUCCGAACUGGAUACUCAAAAUAAGCGUUAAUUGGGCUCCGAAUUGUCACUAACACAACAAAUAUAACACUUUACACCCUAACAACAGGUUAAGAUAUUAGUUUAAAACACUUAAGUUCGACUCUAAAAUUAAUAUUAUCUUCGUACAUAGUUACUUUACUAGUCAUACAGGUAUGAAUUUUAACACAAAAAUGAACUAUAUCAUUAUUUUUACAUAUUUUCCCCCUUUCUAACUAGGAACUUAUUUCAAUUACCAAUCCAAGUACCGUAGAUAUGCAUUUCAACAAUAAAAGUGAUACAUUGGAUGUAUCCUCGGUGACAAGCAUUCAAACUGAUUCAUCAUCUAUUAGUAGACCAGAUGAUUCAUUAGAGUCUACUAGCCGACGAAGGCAUGAUGCUUUCGGGAGAUUCGAUGCUAUUAUUAUUAUUACUACUACUACUACUACCACUGCUACUAGUAGUAAUCAAAGGUCGAAUGAUGAACACUAUCCUAGGACUACACGUUGUUUAUCAUGUCGAGAAUACGAUAGUCAAACUUGUAAUGGAGAGUUAUCUACUCAUGAUUCUGAUUUGAAUUAUCUUAAAGAAGUACAUCUUUGGUUGAAAAAUCCUAAUCGAUCAGUUACUAUUGGCGAUCAAUUUAAUUCUUCUCCAAAUACAAUAUCGACAAAAUCUUCAAUAAGUUUAUCGACUUUAUCCGAUAAUAUUCACACUUCUUUCCCAUCUAUGUUAUCAAAUUCUCAGUCUACAUCUAAACUACAGGUAUCCGAUGUAGUGGAUCCAUUGUUGUUGACCAAGAACGAUAAUCAUAAUGGUAAUAAUAAUUCCAGUUGUGUGGAACAAACACUUCCAGCCAGUGUUUAUGAUAAUCGUCUGGACUUGUCUGCUGACUGCCAAUCUAUUAGCGAACUAUGCAUAAAUACAACAAGAACCUUAACAGCUUCUGAUGGGCCUUCCGUUUAUAAAGAUCUAGUUCGAUCAUCUGAGGAAUUUACUUCGUGUUCGCCACCGAUUAACCUGAGUUCAAUGAAUAAUCCAAUGUAUUCCUCGUCAUCUACAUCGAACAGAAGAGUCGUAGCCACAACAUCAAGUUCAGACUUUCGUUUUGGUGCUGAGAAAUGCUCGAAAACAAUAUCAGACUUUUGCCCCCUAUUUCCAAAGCGUCAUAGUUCCGGUUCUUCUCCAAUCUCCACACCACCUUCUGAAGAAAGCAGUUCUGACUCCACUGCACUAAAAGCAUCUUCACCGGAAUAUUGGACUCCAAAAGGCACAUCACGUUAUAUUCGUGGAAUAUACACACCAUACCAAUCUUACAGUCAAACAUUUCGUCCUGUUGUGAAUCAUUCUCGAGAAUCUCAAGUAAAAAACACUUCCUCUUCAUGUCGAUUAUCCCAAGCAUCUCAUUCGAUGGUUGUAUCACAGUCCAGUAGUGUAUCAAAGCGCAAAUCUUACAACCAAUUCACCUUGGAGGAUUUCCCUUCAUUAUCAACUUUACGUUCCAUGGUCAAUGCGGAAUCAUCAAAUGUUUCAACUAAACAUAAAACGAGUAAUGAAAAUUACAGUUCUUUUAAUAGUCAUAUCAAUCAUAGUUGUAACAACAGUAAGGAUAAUGAUAAUGCAUGUACUCGUCAAUUACCGAUCACAUCCACUACUUUUCCCGCGUCCUCGUGUGAAUUACCUAAUAGUGUACAAAAUUCUCAAUUAGAUUUUGAUAAACUUCCAGUUGUUUCUAACUACAUGAUACAUGGUGAAAACGAUAAUACAGUUGUAAAAUCAAUCUCAUCGAAUUCAACUGAUAAUAUUCAAUUGGAGCCAAGUGUUUUCUCUUCUAAUUCGUCGAAUUUUCUUCCGAUUAUGAUAACAAAUUCAACUACUUCUUCACAUAUAUCUGUGUUACCACGUGUUACCACUAGUACUACUAUUACUACUACUACAUCUGUCUGUACUGCUUGUACUGCUACUACUGGCAGCAAUAAUUUUUCCAUCUCACCACAUUAUUGGAUGUUACCUGAAGGUCCUAUACCAAUACUUCCUUCAACAUUAUAUUCGCCAUAUCUAUUGCCUACAUCUACAAUUUUAGAAAAUUUCCAGUCAAUGCAAAGACUACCUAUGUUAUAUCAGUGGACAGUCCAAUCGGCGGAUACAUCUAGUAACAGUAUUAACUGUAUUAACAAUGUAUGUGCAUCUUUUAUACCAUAUUUAUCGCCCUGUGUUGGUAUUUUCACUACAAACUCUGUGAAUAAUAAUAAUAAUAAUAAUAAUAAUAAUAAUAAUAAUAAUAAUAAUAGUGAUGAUGAUACACAAUGUGCCAAAAUGAAUAUUCAUGAGAUUAGUACAAUUUAUCAUUCCCCUCAAGAAUCUGAUAACGACGAACACGAUAAUAAUGAUGAUCAUGAGCAUAAUGAUAUCGAAAAGAAAAAGAAAAUCAAAGAACUAGAUAGUCCAUUACAUUCUACCAGUACCACUGAUGUCUCUAUGAAUAAUAAUAAUCACAAUAUUGAAGUAACUACUAACAUCACUCCUCUUGAAACUACAAGUUCUUCAGUCUGUAAUUCUCAGCUGGAACUACUUCAUAAAGGCUUGUUUUCACAAUCAUACAUCUUAUUGCCUUCAUACCCUCCUACUCCUAUCCCUACUACUACCACUAAUAUUCUUCCAUAUUCAAAUCCUAAUAUGUAUGUUAAUACUUUAAAUUCUUGUGGAAUAGUGCAAAAUUCACCAGUUUGUCAAGCAAGUAUAACGAUAACAACAAUUUGUAAUAAUAAUAAUAAUAGUGGUGGUAUCGAUCUGAUUACAAAUAGUAAUAGUUUGCUUACAAAUCAUCAGUUGAAUACAACUAUGAUGAAGCAACUGAAUGAUGAACGGAAUUUACCAGAGAAUAAAAAGGCAAAUAUGUCAAACGAUACAAAUAUCUGUCCAGUAUCACAUGAAAAAACGUUUAAUGGUAUCAACGCCACAGCGAAUAGUACGACCUCACCUUCCUUUGUGACUACUGAUACUACCAUUUUAACGACGAAUUUGAACAUUAAUCGUAUCCAUUCAUCUAACCGCCUAAUACCUCAUCAAGCAUAUGGUUCUAAUCGUACUGAUAUAAUCACUACGGAGGAAACUCAUAAAAAUCCACCAGUAAAUACUGUUGAGAAUUGUGACUGUUCAGAUUCUACCAACAGUAGCAAACCUUAUCCCUUAUGGUCUACUAAUGAAACUGUUUGUAAUCCUACUUGGUUCUAUCCUCGUUUUCCUGGUCGACCUGAUUCUUCAAGUGGUCUACCCUCCAGUACUUCCGGGUCCCAACGUACUUACCCUACUCGUGGUUAUUCACCUAUGAAUUUCAAUAAUUCUGUUCUACCACGCGGCUAUGCUCAACCUCAAAUUGCCAGUUCGUUUUACUAUACACAACACCCUGGUUUAACAUUAGUUCCAAAUUCUGUGUCCGGUCAUUCACCAUUUAUUGGUUCAGUUCCUAAUCCAAAUAUGCACUUCCAACAACCACAUCCCUUAUACGGUUUAGUUCCUAGUUCAUCUUCGACUUCUGGGGCAUCACUGAAUGGAUACCCAGGAAUUCCUAUGGCCUCUACAAACUCAAUUAAAUCCAACAUUUCUUCCAUAGGUCAGUCAUCAGUAGCAUCAGUUGAUCCUAUAUCAACAGCAGCCUUACUACAAAAUGCUUUGAUUCAAAUACCAAAUGUUCCUUUGCUACAGAACUUCGUGCUACAUCCGCCUUUACAUCCAACAUAUCCUCCGCCAAUACCAAAUAUACCAGCUAAUUGUGCCAAUAAUCCUGCCAUGACAAUUUCUUCUUGGUCAUCAAUAAAUGGACCUAGAAUAGUCAGUUGUUACAAUUGUGGUCAGCCAGGACAUAAAGCUAAUGUUUGUCCAUCUAGAUGGUCUAGUCAACAAUUAUCAGAAAGUAAGCAAAAAUUAACUGUUCCCUCAAUUGAAUUGAUAGAAAUAUUAUUUCCUAUACACACUCCUCCCAAACUAAUCCCCUAAUUUUAUGUUGAACAAUUUUAAUGUUAUUCUCAGAUUGAUUUUAAUCUCAUCUUGUGUGUGCUCCAUAGCUCUCUAUACGUUCCUAAAAGGCAAAAAACGUGAUUAGCUGUUAAGCAUAUCUCUUAAUCAAAUGUGGUAAGAUGAUCGUACGUUAUAAGCAUAUCUAAACCGGUGUUCGAACCAGAGACUUAUUUUCUGAAAGCAGAGUAUUUUAAAAAAUAAUCCUCCAUUCUCCCAGAUGAUAUCUUGCGCUAUGAACUACAUUAUUCAUAUUUAUAUUCGACACAACUUUAGUGGUUAAGACAUCACUUUCAACCAUUGAUUCUCAGCUUCGAACCCUGUUCUAUUGGCUUCGGUUUGAACAGUCGGGUAGUUAUUACCAAGUAUCCUUCAUCCAUAGAAUACUUGACGUAUGAUAAGUUUUCAUUCGUUUUGUAUGAAUGUUAAUUUUCAGUACAUUUCCUGGUUAAUUAGUUAUUUAAUAAAUUUAUUAUUUCUUCACUCCAUCAAUUGGUAAAUAUCUGUAUGUACUAGACUACAGUCCAUAAUUAGUGUGUGUAUGUGUGUGAAAACAUUCAUCGACUUGGAAAAUCGAGAGAGAGAAGCGAUACACUUAACUUAUCGAUUUGAACUUCUCUCUAAUUUUUAUAUCAGUGUUUAAUAUCAAAAGAAAUAAAUCAGACAAAUUUUGUUUUAGAAAUAGUAUCUGUUCAUUAAGGUGUGUAUACACAAACACCAUGCUCUAAAGCCUAAAUAUACAUCUAUAACCUUUAUACUAGAAGUAUGACUCUUCAUAGUCUUGUAUAUACAAACUACAUGGAUAUUUAGUUAUGUUAUUCAUGUAUAUAUUUAACUUGCUGAUUAUAAAUCUAUUCAUUCUUCAAUCUCUUGAAUUGGGUCUUUUAUUUUCAAUGUGAUGAUAUCGUACUUUAUUCCCUUCAUUCUUUUCGAAUUAUAUCCUCUCUUUGUUUAGUCUCAGUUUUUUUUACUAUUGUUAGUAUUAUCAUAGAGUAGCACGAAGACUUUUGAAAACGGACAUAUUUGUACCAGAUGCUAGUUCUUUGCAUGAAACAAUAAUGAAUGGUGGUAAUUACAUGUAGAAUAAUAUACUUCUGACUUUCAACUUCUUUUAAAACAGUUGUUUAUAACUUCAUUUGACUGUUAUACAUAGAUCGUUGCAUUAAUAAAAGAGGUCAUCAGUAGCUGCACCGUAUUUUGUAACAUAAUUCUGAAAUUCAUUUUAGCACAACACAAUUCUUACAACUAAUCAAAUCGUAUAUUGGCAUUCUGUAUUAAGUUAGAUGGAUAAGAGGUUGCUGAAGUGUGAAAGGUUUAUGUGUUCUGUUUUUUUAACGGUUAUAUCAUUAUUUAGAAAUACUCCUUUUUAAUCAAUUCAUGUGAUAAUUGCACUUUCUCACAUCAAAUCACAUUAUUGAUUGUUUAUUUCUAUUUUCCAUUUUUCUUCUUUGUCUGUGUGUUUGUAUAUAUAGAUGUUUUCUCGUUAAAUUGUGCUCCAAGAAAAUAGUAUCAAACUAUAAAGUAGUAAUUAUGAAUCAAAACAACUCUGCAGAAUCACAACCACCGCCUCAUAAACUAUGCUGCUGACUAUGGAACAGAAUUGUGUUUAUUAUUAUUCGAAAAACCUUUCAUUGAUCUAUUAUUAUUAUUUCCAAUUACGACAAUAGACACCGUCAUUACUAACGAACUAAUCGCAUACAUGUCCAUAAUUAUGAUUAUUUCAUUCUCUGAUUUUUUUUCAUCAACAAAAAAUAAUUUACACAGUCAAAAAAGAUACUAAUUACCGUUUUGCCGAGACAUGGAUACACAAGCAUUGCCUUGACUCAUAUCGUUUUUCUAAUUCAAUGUCCAAGUUAAUAGUAGAAAAAAAACUGUAUUUUUGAAAGAACCUGAAAAGUUCUUUUUUUACUAUUGAUUUUGACAUGAGUUUACAGAUACCUACCAUCUUACAAACCUUGUAUUUUAAAUUGAUAUCUAUGCAUGUGUAGUGUGUUUAUGUAUAUGGUGUGUGUGUGUGUGUGUGUGUGUGUGUGUGGGGUAUCUUACUUUUAAAACAGUCAAUAUACUGAACAAAACAAUAAGUCCAACAAUUCUUCCUAGCAUUGUUUUACAUUUCAUCCUGAAUAUUGAAUUCUUUUUAACUAUUAUUAUUAUUCCCAUUUUAAAAAAAGUAUGAUGAAUUCUUUUUAUAAUAUCUAUCAUAUAGAUUGUAGAGAGACACAUUGCUUGAUCUAGAUAUUAUAUACACACAAUUGUUUUCUUUUUAUUACCCCCCCAUUUACUUAUUUGUAUUCUAGCUUGUAAAUACUUAUACAUUGUGUAUAUGUUGUUCACCUGUUUAACUAAAACUACACUUUCUUUUGAAUUAGUAGUAUUUUGUUGACAAUAUAAGCCGUUCCUUCUUUAUAUUUUGUAUUGUACACAAGUAAUAUAUGUAUGCUAAUUAGCUUCAUUUUAUUCAAUACCUGAGAGAAACUAUGCCAUAUACAACUUACUUUACAAAUAUUUAUGAUAAACAUGAUUUGAUAUUUAUCUAAUAAGUCGGGUCGCUGCAUGUUUUACACACUAUGGAUCACGGACGAUGUAGUCCAUAUUGGAAUUGUGCUCCUGUUUUUUUCCCUGUGCUCCUACUCACUCCUACUGGAAAUGUCCCUAAGCUAGGGAAAAAGAUAAGUGAGCACGAUGGAGGCGAGAGUAUAUAUGUGUGUGUUUUAUUCUAUGUGAGAUCCAUAGUCAUCCUUUUUUAAAAAUUAUUUCCCUUCAUUCUUGUUUUUAUAGUCGAUUAUUAUUAUUCAGUUAGCUUUUUGCCUGCCUACCUACCUGUUUAUCUAGAUGUUUUUGUCUGUUUUGCGUCAUGUUGCGCACACGACACCAUAUAACAUCUGUUUUUUUGCUUAGAUAUAUGCAUUUCCUUACGUAUACAUAUAUGUUGUCUCCAUUCUCAUUAUGCCGUGGCAGAUAAGAAGGUAGACAUAAUAUGUAUUCUGCUUUUAUUCAGGUGAUAAUAAUAACAAUAAUAGUGGUAAUUAGUUGUUACUAUCUUGAGACAAACACUUGUUACUGUUGUUGCUACUUCAUUGUCUUUCUCCAAAUGUGUAUCUUUAUACUUGUGUGAAUAAAUCUCUACCCAUUUAACCUUUACAAUUUGUUUCCAAUUAUGUAUGUUUGAGCCUGUGAAAAGAUGAACAAAUAGACAAAAUGUCCACUUUACUUUCUCCAUCCCCUUACCCUAUUCCAAUAGCCAGUUAUCAUAAUUUGUGUAUGUAUUUGCAUAUACUUCUAUUCUCGAUUGCCUCUCUUUUCUCUCUUUUGAUUGUAUUAGUAGGUAGUACAGUUUUUAUUUUUUAAAAAUUGUUAAUAAAUUAAAAAAAACAAAUAGAAAUCUCAAUAUUCUGUUUUGUUUAUUUUUUCUUACCGAAAAUAAGUACAUGUAAGUAACUUCAUUUCAAGAAAACUAAUUACUGUGUUAUGAUGAAUAGUAUGCACAGGUCUAUGGUGUAAAUCAUGUAUCUUCUAAAAUGAACUGGUUUGAAUUUACCACUGUUACUACUACAGUAUUAAUAAUAUCCUGCUCAAUAACCAGUGUACAUUUAUAACUUUUUAUCGGCUUUAUAAACAACCAAUUAAUAUAUGGUGGACGGUGGCGUAAUUCCGUGGAUUGGUUGAAGUUUUACAUUAACACCGUUGGAUGCUGGUCGACUCAGUGGUCUAGAGUUUAAGCGUUCAGGCGUGAAACCGAAGGUCCUGGGUUUGAAUCCCACGAGCGGAUUCGUGGAUACGCACUGGUGAGGAGUCCAAUGCUUCCAGGUUUUCAAUGGUGGUCUAGCUUUAGUUGACUCACGAAUUCAACUAUUAAAUUAAUAUACACUUGUCAUAAA